CCCGACCGUCUGAAUCUCUGCCAUCACGGCCCACCAAUGCCGCGCCAUGACCCAGCGUGACGAUGCAGGAGGCGGAGCCGCCGUUGCCACCUCCGCCCCAGCCACCGCCUGAGGAGCCUCCUCAACCUCAGCCCACCGGCUUCGCGUGCGCGCCCUCCCGACCAGCAGGGCUGUUGGUGCAGAAUGCCCUGCGCCCGGAAUGCAGUGUCGACUUCCCCCAGAUUACCGAGAUUUGCGAGAGGCUGGAGAUGCAGCCUGGGGAGCUGAAGGGUGCCGUCGCGGUGCUGAAGGAGGCCCUCAAGGAUCCGAGGCAGCCGCUGCGGGUGAAGCUGAAAGCCCUCACCAUUGCCAACGAGAUGCUGUACAACCCCCGGGCAGUCCAGGAGUUGGCCUUGGCCGAGGGCUUGCGCGAAGCCUUGGAGACUUUGCGGCAAACCCGUGGGGGUGAGCUGGGCCCUGCCAUGGACGAGAAUGUCCGGAUGUUGGCCACAGAGGUGGAGGCCCGCUGCUUCGAAAAGCCCAAGGACGGCUGGAGCUCCUUCACCAAGGCCAUGUCAUCGGACUUCGAGAAGGCUCGACGAUUGGCGAAGAAGAACUCUCAGCACUUGUGGCAGAAAGCCGAGAAACACCUGGAGAAGGCUGAAAAGGCCUUUGAAAAGGGUGCGACCAAGCUCAUGCAGGAGGCGGAAAACAUGCUGGUGGGCCCUGGCCCAACCGAUGAAGGGGCGGAGCGGGCGGAGCGGGCGGAGCGACUGGCUCCGGCGCGGCGAAAUGGCCCGGCACUGACUCAGGAGGAGGAAGAGCUCCAGUGGGCUCUCCGUGCGUCCCUGGUGGAAGCGCAAAGGUCCAGGAAAGAAGCGCCCAAAGCAGAGCCAGGUCGCUCGGUGACGAGUCGCAGCGGUCAGGAACCCAAACACCGCUGCAAGGCGAUGGAGGCUCAACUGUCUCAGCAGUUGGCGCUGCAAGCGAAGAGUGCCAAGGAGGUCUUUGUGCUCAACGCCAAGCUCGAGGAGGCCAACGAGGUGGCUGAAAGCUUGGCGUCGGAGCUCUCCGAGGCCGAAGUAGAACUGGCAAUCUUGAAACAACGGCGGCAAGCCCUGGAGGAAGAGCUCGCGAUGGCCCGAUCACUGGAGGCCUGUGAUGAGGCAUCCUUGCGAUGCAGGGUGCAGAAGCUCGAGUUGGAGCUCAGCCAAACCUCGCACGAAGCGCGGCCUGGGCUGGGGCCAAUUGCCAAAGAGGAGGACUUGGUGGCAGAGCCCGCAGAGCAUGCUCGUCUCCCUUCUACAGAAGCGAAGGCGGAAGACGCUCAGGUCCAGCAGGAUUCCCCAUCAACCGUGGAAGUGGCUCAGGACCCUCCACCAGAGCCGGCAGAAGCUAGCAUGGCUUUUUCCGAAGCGAAGGUGGAAGAGCCAGAGGUCAAUGCAAAUGCGGCAGAUCGUCCCCAACAUGAGGAGGACCCUCCACCACAGCCGACAGAAGCUAGUGUCGUUUCCGCCGAAGCGAAGGUUGAAGAGCUAGAGGUCAAAGCUCUUGUGGCCGAUCCUCCCCAACACGAGGAGGACCCUCCACCACAGCCGACGGAAGCUAGUGUCGUUUCUGCCGAAGCGAAGGUUGAAGAGCCAGAUGUCAAAGCUGUUGUGGCAGUUCCUCCCAAGCACGAGGAGGACCCUCCACCACAGCCGACAGAAGCUAGUGUCGUUUCCGCCGAAGCGAAGGUUGAAGAGCCAGAGGUCAAAUCAGUUGCGGCAGAUCCUCCCAAACACGAGGAGGACCCUCCACCACAGCCGACAGAAGCUAGUGUCGUUUCCGCCGAAGCGAAGGUUGAAGAGCUAGAGGUCAAAGCAGUUGCGGCAGAUCUGCCCAAACACGAGGAGGACCCUCCACCACAGCCGACAGAAGCUAGUGUCGUUUCCGCCGAAGCGAAGGCUGGACAGGUUGAAGAGCCAGAGGUGAAAGAAGUUGCAGCAGAUCCUCCCAAACACGAGGACUCGCCGGCAGCUGGCGAGUGAAGCCCAAGUGCAGCCGAUGUUAAUGCGAUGUCCACAGGAUGGGGUCAUUGGGCAGAACUUGGCUUGGCUGAUCCCGAUUGCUUUUAAUCAACCGCUGAUUCGCUGCUGAUUGGCUUAUUGGCUCGACUCCACUUUGGCGGAUCCUGUGGCCAGUGUUGAUGCCACCCUCUGAGGAGCUCUUCGUUUUCCC